ACGCGCAGAAAUGUAGGCUACUUGGAAUCUGACCGUGGGGCUGUAGCCACUGAACUCCAGGAGCGUACCAUAAAUGUAAAUGCAUCUGAUACGUUAAGAUUUCGUGAAUGUUUUCUGAAGGCAUUAUCCAGUUGCACAAUGGCGGGUAAAUCCAUCCAAGACCUUUUGACUCCUGCCUUAACAGUUGACCUCCUUAAGGUAAAGAGAAAUGCUCAAGUGAUGUUGGAGCGGUUCCAGAAGCUUGGUGUACAGCUACGCCCUCACAUGAAAACCCAUAAAACUUUAGAAUGUGCGGACAUCAUGACCGCCGGCACCCGUCGGUGCAUCGUGGUGUCCACUCUGGCCGAGGCAUCCUUCUACGCCGACCACGGCUACGAUGACAUCCUGUACGCCUACCCCCUGCCGUUCGACAAGGUGGAGCGCUGUGCGGAACUCUCGGAGCGCCUCGCGCUAUUCCACGUGUUGGUGGACAACAGCGCCGCCCUGGAGGAGCUGAAGAAGCGGCCUCUGAAGAGGGGCAAACUUUGGCACGUGUGGCUGAAGCUGGACUGUGCAAACGGGAGAGCUGGAGUUCCCCACUCAGAGCCGGCUGCCUUGCAGCUCGCACAGGCCAUAUCUGAAAGUCCGGGCGUGGAGCUGACUGGGAUCUACACCCACUGUGGAAACACCUACAACUGCUCUGGGGAAGAAGAAAUCAGGGCUGUUGCUCAAGACACUACAACCUUCACCCUGCAGUUCAUGGAGAAACUGCAGGCAAAUGGAAUUCACUGCUCCAAGUCCAGCAUUGGCUCCACCCCUUCCUGCAGCCAACCAGUCCCAGACAUGGCAAUGCUUAGUGAGGUGCAUCCUGGGAACUAUGUCUUCUAUGAUGUCCAGCAGUCAAUGAUUGGCUCCUGUAAGCUGGAGGAUGUGGCUGUCAGGGUGAUUACCAGGGUCGUAGGCCACUACCCUCACAGGAACCAGAUGUUGGUGGACUGUGGCUGGGCAGGGCUGAGUCUUGACAGCGGUGGCCACCUACCGACUGGAUAUGCAGUCAUCGAGGGUCACCCUGAUCUGAAGCUGCUGUCUAUGACUCAAGAGCAUGGGAGGGUAGAGCCAAUCUCUGGGAAACUAGAUUAUGAGAAAUUUCCACUUGGUUCCCUCCUCUCCCUCAUUCCAUAUCAUGCAUGUGCCACAGCUGUGAUGCACCCUGUCUAUUUCGUCCACUCGGACGGGGUGGUUGUGGACACAUGGACACCCACUCGCGGCUGGUAAAAAUAACCUGAACACAGACCAUUCUACAACAUCACCCCACUCUCCUACCCAAGUGUGCACUUAUAGUAAUCAGCUAUGCAUUCCGGGAAAAUUACCCUUAAAUGCAACAUCUGAUGUAAUUUAGGAAGCAUACAAUGGAUUUGUAUUUGAUUAGUAAGGUUUGCUCAGGCAUGGUAAGAAACCUGUGUUCUUUAUUGACAUCAAUGCUGUUCUGUAAUGUAUUUUGUUGAUUUUAUUGUAUUUGCUUUUGCUGUAUUAUGUUUUCUCAUUUUUGUGUUCAAUUAGAGAUUUUACAGUUCAUUGUAGGCCAGGAGAAAAUUAACUCUGGGAAAGAGCUCAUUUUGAUGCACUGACCGUGUCAUGUAAGAGGCCCUAAAUGCUGAUUUAUGAAUUUUUAAUACAGACAACCACUUUCUUAAUUUUUUUGAUGGAGCCCUGGCUGCUUAUUUAGGACUAAUUAAGAAAAUGGAUAUGUCAUGGACAAUCACAUUGUUGAUAGACACUGUCACAGCAGUGACUGAGCAUAUCAAAGCUGGCUUUGUAAUUCUGGUGGUAGAAGAAAUGUUCCAUGGAAUGCUUCACGGUUUUGUAAACCUGUCAAAAGAUUUGUUCUUAAUAAAUAGUUGAAUUUAUCUCA